GUGAGUGUUUGCAUAAUGCGCGUAAUAGGAAGUCAAAGUCUUGGUUAGCAUUGCCCAUCGUCAGGUUUCUUUUUCUUAUGCAAACUUUCUGUUAAGUAAUCCCCACAAACCUAGUGUGUAAACUUGUGUAUUUCUGGUGUUUCAUGGAUGGUUUUAUGAAAGAGAGCCUAUUAAAAUGGAUUUCAUUAAUAACUGAGAGGAAUGUUAACCUCAUAGAUGGCGAAAUCCUCAACAAUCUAAUAGACCUUUCAGGUGCUUUUCCAGCAGUUACUACCUCAGAAUGUUUCAAGGAUCGGAUUGGUUCAUUUUUGGAUGGUAAGCGAUUAAGUCAUUACGUUCAUUAUAUUCAGCAACUUUUCAUCCUGGAGUUUCUAAUUUAUUUGACAUCGAAGGGGUGAUUUCUGGAAAGGCUAACGAUGUGGAAUUGUUCGGGGGGUGAAAAUAUGGACCAAUAAAGCUGUACUGGAGAUUCCGGAUAGCCUUGGGAGUAUCCACUGUCGUAUCUGUUGCCACUUUCUCAGGUAGGAUGUCCAAGUCGUCAAUCACUCAACAGGAGCAUUCUCGUCUUUUGUCGCGUAGUAGCUGUCUAAAUAUAGCCCGUACUAUUAUUUGUGUAUAAAAGUGCCCUUCUUAUUUUGCACUGUAGUAUAUUUAGUUGAACUGAACUUACCUUAUUUCUCUUCAGUUAUGCCUAACCGUUUUAUUGGGAUGUCUUCAAUGUCCCUCCAAACAGUCGUUCAUGGAUCCUGCUUUGGAUUUGAGUUUGGAUAUGCAAACUGCCAUAUUUCAUUUGAUUCAAGUUCCUAUGACCCAGUUAUCCCUCAGUCAUGAGUUCACUCGGGAUCUGGUCACAAGCAGAAUUCUCGAUUCAUCACAUCUUAUCCACACUGAUAACUUGCCACCUCUUCAUCAAACCAUUACUUGUAAAAUAGAAGAAGAAGUCUCAGAACCAUCAUCUAGGCCACCAUCUUCAACAGACACGUGUAACGGACAAAAAGUGAUUUGUAAUGACAAUAGAAAUUAUAGUCUUUCGGUGAACACAUUGGGAUCUGAAUUCACUCGCCCUAAUUCGCCUACAGAAUAUGCUAAUAGACAUACAAACAAGCUAAAAAAUGGUACUGAUCACAGACCCAAUAAUCUUUCAUUGUGUAACACUCCUGAUCGAAGUCUGUGUAUUGCAUCCAGAUUGAAUUUAACCGAUAAUUCGGAACAUAAUGCGAAUCAUACUCAUCAUGCGCCUCCACCUCUAGCCUCGCCUCUCACAUCCCUAAAGUUCCUCCUAGAUUCUCCAUCAUUGACACACAAGACACAAUUUCGGGAAUCAGAACGUGAAAAGCGUCGUUUAGCAGUGGAACUUGAAAAGGAACGAAUUUGUAGAGAUGAAGCGGAGAGUUUAGUUUCUGGAUUACGAAAACAGCUUGAAGAAGCCACUGUUCGAGCAACUGAAUCAGAAUCACGGGCUCUCCGUUUAUCUCGUGAACUAACAGCCCUUCAUGAUCAGGGAGAUGAAUUAGCACACUGUCGUAAUGAAUUGGCUUUGCGAGAGGAAGAAAUUAAGAAUUUGAAACUACGCGUUAUGGGCUUUCAAGACUUAAUGGCUCAUACACGAAAGUUGGAAAUGGAAAAAAUUGAUUUACAGCAAGAAUGUGAAGAUCUUCGUCUGAAAGUAGAUCAACAGCUUUCUCAAUUAAGAGAGUUCAAGGAAAGACGUAUUAAAUGUAGUGAAAUUGAAGAACUCAAGUCAAAAUUACGUGAUGUUGAAGCUCAAUUGUUGCAACAGCUACGUGAACGUGAAAUGAUCGAAAAGGAUAUAAGACAACAACAUGAAAUGUCAACACAGCUUAAACUGCAAUAUUCCAUAAAAAAUCUUCAACCCAAUAAUAAAUCAUUAGAUAUUCAUCAAUCUAAGUCUAAUAUAGAAGAAAUUGAAUGUAGUGAACAAGGAAAUAAAGUUGUUGAUCAGCAUCCCAUUUUGAAUAAUUCAUGUCAAGAUUUGUCUAUUUUGAAACCUGGUGAAAAUUUGGGAACAGUAUUAGAGGAUGAUUUGAAAUCUGCCCGUUUAUUCAUAUCAAAACUACAAUCACAAUUCGAUGAAGAACUUGGUUCAGCUAGACAACUGCUUGAGGAAAAAACUAAGCGUUUAUAUGAGCUUGAACAAAUUAUCAGUAAUAGGCUAUCAAUAACUGAGACUACUGAUGUCUCUACUCAAACUGAAAUGUCUUGUACAACAAGAACGACAACAACUAGUCCCAAUGAAUUAUUAUCGCCGGAAUUAUUGCCCGCCUUAACAGUUGAUGCGUAUAGUGCUGCGGCAGCAGCAGAUCGAAGAGGUCUUUCGAACGAAUUAGUUCGUUUACAUGAAGAAAUAGCUCAAUCAAAAAGUUAUGCUUGUGAAUUGGAACAACGGUUAACUGAAAUGGAAGGUGAAUUACACUGUACAAAAGAUAAAUUAAUCUACCAAACUACUUUAAGUAACAGAAAUCAAGAAAAUUGGAUUAUGAUAGAACAAGAAUAUCGUGAAUUACAGCGUCAGCAUAGAAUAUUACAAAACAAUUUAUUGUUAAGUGAAGAAGAACGUCCUCGUGGCGGCGAAAUGAUGAUUGCGGAAAAUAAUGCUGAAUUUGAAGCAGCACGUGCAAAUUAUGAGAAAGAAAUUGGCUUAUUGAAUCAACAAUUAUUAGAGACAACAUUUGAAUGUCGUCGUCUAGAAGCAGAACGGGCUCGUGUAGCUGAACGUAAUUCUGAUUUACAACGUGAACUAGAAACGACUAGAAUUUUGGUAGAUUCAUUAAAACAAAAUUCGGAAUGCAAACCAGUUGAAUAUUCGAAUCAUAUUAGAAAAAGUGCACCGAUUAUCUCAUCAAAUCUACGUUUACCCUCUUCAAUGCCCAGUGGUGAUAAUAAUAAUAAUGGUAUUUGUAAUAGUAAUGGCUUGUAUUCAAAGGGAUAUAAAGUCAAUCAAAGAUGUCUUAGCGAUUCACUUGAAGAUUGGGAGGAUAGCGAUCAUGAUCACGUUGAUCUUAAUGUUUCACCAUCACAUCAAAUUCGAUCAUCAGUAUAUCCACAUGAAUUGAAGAGUAAAUUAAAUCAUCACUAUAAUCGUGAUUAUUCGUGCAUUGUAAAUAGUCGCUUAAACGAUGAGUCCCGUAAGCCAGAAUAUAAUUAUCCUAAUAAUGAAGAGUCAAGAUAUUUAAGGAGUAAAAAACGUCAUUCAAAAUUACGUACAGAUUCAAAACAGUUAGAUCGACUUGCUUCUAAAACACAAGAAUUGGAAGAGUUUGCUAUUCGAUUGCGUGAACAAUUUAAUGAGCAUCAAUCCUCCACACAAGUUAAUUCUUCAUCUGUAAACGUGUAUCCCUAUCUCACGGAUGUUCAUAAUAAUCAACAUGCUCUGAAAAAUACUCCUUUAGUGAUACCAAAGAAUCAAUGUCAGUUAAAUGGUUUUAAUUACGAGCUUGUUGAUGAAAAUGGUGAUGAUGAUGUUGAACAAAGAGAGCAAGAUACCGAUGCUGAUUCUUCAGCUUACACAGAUUUAAGUCAAGUUUCUCCGGUAUCUCAACCUGUUGAUUCAGGAUGCCAGAAUACUAAGCUAACAACAAAUAAUUUGCAAACUAACACAUCACAUAAUGGUCAAUCGAUGCUUCAACAUCACUCGCAAUCUGUCGGGUUUAUGCCAUCAGUCUCGAAGAAUUUAAGGAGUAGUUCACCCUUAUCUUCUGAUCCUAAUCGAUUAAAAGAAUUACAUCUACGUAAUCGAUUACAACCUUCACAUUUACGAUCAAGUUAUCCAGUUGAAACUCAGGUGAUCAAUUCAAAUGAUAUAGUUGGCACUUUGAGCCAAAUGACUACCGACAACGUGAACCAAUCACCUAAUCGAAUUAGAGCGAGUGGUCGAAAAAUGCAUCGUAAUAAUUCUCACAAUAAAGAACCUCCUGUAAGCAAUGUUGGCAGCAAUCCCACUUCUUCUAGAACUGUUCCCUCUACAUUAUCAAAUGAUUAUCAAAAGAAUUCGCAUAUCAAAUCUAGGCACGAUAAUAAUCUUGAACUAGAAUCAACGCCUUCACCAUUAGCUGCUGGUUAUCAACCCCUCCCCAAAGAUAUACAAUCGUUUAGUGAAGCACUUAUCUCUGCAUCUGUGGAUAGUAAAGCUCUGGAUUAUGUGUUAACUACUCAUCCUAAUCUUAUCAAGUCUGCCAAUACUAAUAACGAUAACAAUAAUAAUAAUAAUCAUAACAGUAAUGGCUGUAAAUCAUCACACUCCUUGUCUUCCAGUAUCCAGAAUGUAAAUAUCCCAACUUCGGAUAGAAAACCUGGAUUCUGUAAUACUCUCCCUGAUACAUUUGCGAAACAUAAGAAAAAUCGUACAAGAUAUAACGUGAAUGAACUAAAAAUCGACAGUGGUACUGGCGGUGGUUUAUCCUCUGAUAAUGAAAAUAUGAAUCCUCCUUUAUUAAAUAUUGCCUGCCGCAGAUUCACUGACGCAGAUCUGUUCGUUAAACCAUUGGAUCCUGUUCGUGUUCAUCGUCAUAGAAGUAAAAAAGUCGAUACAUAUUCUACUCCACGUACUAAUGGUAUUUCACCAACCAGUUCUGUACAAAGUGUUGAUGAUCUUAGUGGUGCGUCAAGUAUUCGAAGUAGUAAGAGUUCAAUCGCUUUCGAAAUAAAAAAUGAUCAAAAAGUGAAUGUACGACGUUUACCAGCUCCAACUUCACAACUAUCCUCUCAAUAUCAUAAUAACAAUAGUGAUAAUAUCAAAUCACAGAAAUUAGGACAAUCAACUAAGAAAUUAAAUCAUUUCAAUUGUAAAUCUGCAUUUUCUUCAUCUAAAUUAACUACAUCAACUCCAUUAAUCCCUCAAUAAUUUCUUACUGUUAACCAUGUACAUUAUAUUUAGUAUAAUUUUGUGAUCUGUAUUGUUCACAUUGAACCGCGAAAAAUAAGCUGGCCAAGUAUCGUCAUGAACUUCAUCUAAGAAGCUAGUAAUUUUCUCUUUCAAUUUCCUCAUUGGAAUGCAUUCCAGUGAAUAGUCUUACUUUCUUUUUUUUUACAUAACUCACACACACACAUACAUACAUACAUACAUACAAUCACACUGUUUUAUCGUUCCUAUGUUUAAUAAACCUUGAUGCUACUUACCAGAAUCCACAAUCUUCCCGAUUUACUUUUUUUUCCAGGUUUUUUGUACAUUCGAUUUCGUGUGUGUGUGUCUGUGUGUCUGUAUUUACCUUUUCUUUAUGUCUUUAUUCAAUUGGUGUCGAAUACUGUUGAAUUUCUCAUUUUGCCUUCUUUAUUACCAUUAUCAUUCAUCACCACUCUCAUUAACAUCUCUUUGUGUAAUGCUUUUAUUAAUUUAUUUUUUUAUAGAAUUUUUAAGGUAUACACAAAAAAGUGGGUGGGUGGGUGGUAGAAGACUAAGAAAAAGAAACUUAUUAGCUGAUCCCGGUUCUUCAUAUUUUUGUUUCCCUUUUUUUUUCUAAAAAAAUAAAAAUACUAUUUUAUUCUACCAUUGAAAGUUGUAUAUUUUGUUGAAUAAUGAAAAAAAAACAACCAAAAAAUUAUUUCAAGAAAAAUAUAGUUUUUACAAUA